AUGGCCAAGUUUGUUCAGCACAAUCCUGAUGCCUUGGAUCUGGAAACAUUUCAGGCUUUAACACGCCUUGAAAUCACUCCUCUGAUUGAAGCGAAUGCUGCUCUUACACUCUGUGUGCUGGAAGACAAGGCUGCCAAGGAUUCCACAAAAGAACUAUCCAAGCUUCAGGAGCGAUGCUCUGAUUCUCUGGCACAGAACUGGCAGUCCUUGGUGUCACCCAGUGACACGACUGUGAGGCUUUUGCAAGACCGUCAACCCACAUUCUUGGUUGACUUGUUGUUGAAGUCCCUGAAGGAUGCCAACACAAAGCUCGCCAGUAGUCAGGCUUCUCUUUCUUCAACACAACAGCAGUUGUCGACGACCAAAUCCACGUUGCAAUCUACCUUACAAUCUAACUGGUCCAGUCUAUGGUCAGUGCGGCAGGAGCUCUCAUCAGCACAGGAUGCUUUGAGCACAAAAACUAAGGAGCUGCAAGAGAUGACAGCAGAACUACACAAGUUCAAACCCUUGAAGAACCGUUCUACUGGGAGAUGGAAGGACGCAGCUUUAGUUCCAGGGUCACUCAGCCGUCUGAACCCAAGUUUGGAAACAGAAAAAAUGUGUCAGUAUGACACGAAUCCCCCGUACCAGGGUAGCUUGCGCCAUAGCCGAUUACGUGACCAACUCUUGGGAACCAGAGACAGCGAUGUACAUUAUGUCUUCGUCUACAAAGGAUGA